CAUAGGCGUAAAAUCAAAAUGGCUGUCGCUGGUCGAAGUAUAUCCAUGUUCUCUUUGAUAACUGAUAAUAUCUUGGAGCCUGGUGAUGAAGUCCUCACUUUUGAUUACCUAGGUAAACGCUACACUGCAGAUCUACUUCCAGAGGGCACAAUUCGUGGAAAUGGUCAGAUAUAUGCAUCACCAUAUGCUUGGGCCUCUUACUGUAAGAACGAAAUUAAUCCUGAUCAGAAGACAGCCAUUGGAUGGGGACACAUACGGUAUAGAGGAAUAAAGUUGAGUCAAUACAAGAACUUGUACUUAAAGAAACACAAGCUAUGCUCUGAUCAAGAUGAGGUACCUUCUGACAGUUCUAGGUCAUUUGGUAUAAGGAAAGGAAGGCGAAAGAAAGUACCACCUGACUCAAAUACUUUAGCUGAGCCUCCUCCAGCCAUAACAAGAGAUACCAUUGGUGUCCUAGCAGGUGGCACUAGCAGUGGGUUGCUAGGUGAUCAUGUUGGAGUGGCAGUCCAGGAGGCUCAGCACCAGCAGGCUGCUUUGUCAGAAACCAGUGAAUUAGUACAGUGUGCCUCGUUUAAGACACUUGGUGAAGUGCAACCGUUCCAAGUGGUAGUGUCCUCUAAUGUCUUAUUGCUAAUGGACUAUCAUAGUCAUCUGUGCUGGUCUGAAGUACUUGGAUAUCUUGGUGGAUUGUAUGACCCUGUUCAGAAAGCUAUUCAGGUUGUUCAAGCAUUUCCUGUAUGUCAUAAUCCUAGUGACAGCAGUGAUGUCAAUGCUCGGACUGAGGCCGCUAUCAAAGAGAAGAUGGUCUCUGAUGGCUUACGUGUUGUUGGUUGGUAUCAUAGUCAUCCCAGCAGUGAAGCUACGCCUUCUGUGAAUGAUGUCACUCAACAGCUUCUGUAUCAAGAGACUGUGUCAACUAGUGAAGGAGAAGAACCAUGUGUUGGGUUUAUUAUUGGUCCCAAUUUGGCUAACAGGAGGGCAGAAAUACAAUCAAACAUUUCCAUGUUUUGGGUUAAGAGAAGAGACAAGAUGCACGCCUCACCAUUGUCUGUUAGUUAUACCACAGCUUGGGAGCAGUAUCUAACACAGUCAGUCGCUGAUGAAAUGAACAGGAUUUCGACUUUUUACAGGCACAGACAAGACUCCAUUAAUUUCAAGGCCCAAUGGAAAGAAGGCGUUCCUUUUGCCCAUAAAUUGAAAACCUCUCUUGCCAAUGUACAGCCCGAAUUCCCUCACGAGAAUUCAGAGUCUUUCUUUACAUUUAUUGAGCAGUUAUUGUUUCGUACUUAGUGGGACUUUUUAGCUCUCUUUUGCUCCAAUCUCAACUACUUGCCUUUCUCUCUUUCUCUCUCAAAUUAUUAUUAUUAUUCCUCAAUCUUUACACAUUCCAAUCUCGACGACAGCUUUAUUAGACAAUGAAAUAAAUAAAAUAAUGUGAUAUUUUUUGUGCUAUGUAUCUAAUUUUAUUUUUUCAAAUUCUCUUCAAUAUUGUUGGAAA